AUGCGUGAAUGUGUACAUAAUGACGGAGAAAUAACCGAAAUAAUUGGUUAUCCUUGCGGAAGCACGUUCGUGGACAAAGAAUUUCACAAAUUUAUAGGAGCAAAGUUGGAUUACAUGCUUUAUCAGAAUCGAAAAAUUGAAAUGGAAAUUGCAGGAUGGAACAUCGAAUUAGAUUUCGCUUCUGUCAAGGAAAUGUUUGAUCCCGAUGUCAAUAAAAUUCUCGAAUUGAUUUCAGAUCAAUUAAAGGAUUUAAAGAAAAAUGCUCGGUUAUAUUUGGUUGGAGGGUUUGCGGAAUCAGCAUAUUUGUUAGACAAAAUUAAAGAAAAUUUUAGAUUUCAAGUAGACAACAUUUGCGUUCCAACAUUACCCAUUGCAGCAUUGGUUCGAGGAGGCUUUUAUUAUAGAUGA